AUGGCUUCCGCAGCUGCCAAGCGUCUCGCCGGCAAGACCGUUGUCGUCACCGGUGCCUCCUCCGGCAUCGGCCGCUCUACGGCUCUCGAGUUUGCCCGGACGGCGCCCAGCAAUGACCUCCGGCUCAUUCUCACGGCUCGCCGUAUUGACUCACUCAAGGAGCUUGCUGAUCAGAUCAAGAGCGAGGUUGGUGAGGGCGUCAAGGUGCUGCCUUUUAAGCUCGACGUGAGCAACCCUACCGAGAUCAAGGGCUUUGUGAACAACCUGCCCGAGGAGUGGAGGAACAUUGACGUCCUCGUCAACAAUGCUGGCCUCGUCAAGGGCGUUGCUCGGGCUCCCGAGAUCGCCGAGGAGGACAUUGGCGUCAUGUUCAACACCAACGUCACCGGCCUCAUCAACAUGACUCAGGCCGUUCUCCCCAUCUUCCUCGCCCGCCCCGACGGAGGCCACGGCGACAUCAUCAACGUCGGCUCUAUUGCCGGCCGUGAGCCCUACCCUGGCGGCUCUAUCUACUGCGCUACCAAGGCCGCCGUCCGCAGCUUCUCUGAGAGCUUGCGAAAGGAGCUGAUCGCCAGCCGUGUCCGAGUUAUCGAGAUUGACCCCGGUCAGGUUGAGACUGAGUUCUCUGUUGUGCGAUUCUACGGAGACAAGUCCAAGGCUGAUGCUGUGUAUGCUGGAUGUGAGCCCCUCACUCCCGACGACAUUGCCGAGAUUAUCGUCUUCACAGCCACCCGUCGAGAGAACGUGGUUGUCGCCGACACCCUCGUCUUCCCCAACCACCAGGCUGGCGCAGGUAUUCUUCACCGAAAGGGUGCUUAA